GCGUUUUAUCAUUAAAUAAACAUAGGUAUAAAGUACCUUGCUCGUUACAGAACAAUACAGUGUUCACUGUAAUUGUGUUCAAGUAGUACACAGUGCAAACUGAGUGAUUCGAAUGAGUCUUUGUGUAUAUUAUGGGUUAAAAAAAUUGCUGGUGCAUCGAGAUCCGAAAGUGCCGAAACGUCUUGAGAGUUCCUUUGUCGCAAGAUGUAAAUAGCUCAUAUUGUUUUCACCUCAACGGCAGAAUCGAAGUCCAAACUAUCAUAUCAACAACCACACUACUAUCUUCCAUCUCGUACAUCUGUUAUCACCCUUAUCUUAUCGAGCGAGUGGCAACUAUAACCAAUAGCAGAUCCUAAAAAUUAUGACGAAAUACUCCAGACUCCAGAAUAAUGGGUUUUGAACUGCUUCUUCUCUGUUGCCUCAUUUUCAUGUUCGUCGUCUCCUUCUGCGGAUUAUUACAAAAGAUCAAACAAUCAUACGAGCACGAAAGAGCAGUUGCAGAUAGAAUUGCACGAAGACAUGAGAGGAAUUCCUCAGAUUCGUUUGUUAAUACCACUUACGUAGAUACGGAAUCCGGUAUUUUUCCUGGGGCUCCACCACCUUACACGCAUGCGGACCCUCCUCCAAAAUAUGAAGACGUCAUCAAGAGUCAAGUCGAAGUAACCAUCAACAGAGUCCCUUUAAUGGUCAGAGAACCACCAUCAGCCCCUUCCAAUAUGGCCCCGCCUCCUUAUACAAUUACCGUUUGAGAAAUCCAAAGAAAAAUCUUCAUUAGUUAUUUUGAGAUUCAUCACUGCUCAUUUGAAGCAAAAUAUAAUACUGAAAUGUGAAAAAUAUUGAGAGUAUUCGUUUUCAUUUUCGAAAUCAAAGCGUAUAUCUACUCAAUACGAAUCUCAGAAAUAUUUCAUUUUCAAUACUUAGUUUGCUAAAUGGAGAAAGAUUUAUUUCCAACAUUGA